AUGUUUAAUACAAAUUUUAAUACCUUUUUUGUACCCCAUCAUCUACUUUAUCCUUAUGGAUAUCAAUAUAUGAUAAUGCCUUAAACAUAUUCUAUUCCAAAUUCAUUUAAUUACAAUAUUUAGGCAUAAGCACAAAUUUAAGAAAAUUAAUCAUCUGAUGAACCCAUUAAUUAGGUAGAAGAUAUCUAAAAGAAAACUUACUCAGAAACUGAAAGUAAACUUGAAUUAGCAAGCAACUAAGAACAAAUUAGAGAUAUACAUAUUCAAAAUAAGAUCAAUAAGAGUAUCCUUUAAAAAAAGUCAUAAAAACCAAAUUUCUUGGUCAAAUCUACAAAUAUCCAAAAAAAUUAUGCAAAGGCUAUUGUAUCUUUUGCAUGUAGAUAAAAAAAUCUCAUUUAAUAAACUUUGGGAGAUAUAAGAGCCUAAGAGUUUCUGAAAUUGAUGAACCGAUUGAGAAACAAAUUGAGGAAUAUAGCCCAUAUAACAAGAUAUACACAUCAUGAAGAUUUUCUGAUGAUGUUUAGAAUUUUAGGGUAUAUUGAUUUAAAUAACGACUUAGUAAUAAUUUUUUGAGAAAAGACUCCGUCAGUUAUAUAUAUAACUCUAAAAUUCAGUAGAAGAGUUGUCAUGUGGCUAAUAAGACCAUAGUUAAGAAUUCUCUUCUCAAGUAUUGA